GCACAGUGUUUGCUCACACUCCACCUUCUCUAAAACAGGCGCAUAUAUCUAGUUAAAUCGUUAUAGCAUUUAAUCUCUUCAUGGCUUCAGGUUCUAGUAAUUGGACUUCAAAGCAAAACAAACUGUUCGAAAAUGCCUUGGCCAUCUAUGAUCAAGAAUCUCCUGAUCGCUGGCACCAUCUUGCCAGGGCUGUUGGAAAAACAGUGGAGGAAGUGAAGAAGCAUUAUCAGAUGCUUGUUGAAGACGUCCAGCAGAUUGAAGCUGGUGAAAUCCCUUUGCCCAACUACACUAGAAGAUCUGGAGCUAGCAACAAAAGCUACCAUUGCAUUGAUGAUCAAGCAAAAAGGGUGAAGAAUCUUAAUCUCAACUGAAGGAUACAUGAACUAAGCUAGCUAUAGAAUAAAGAUCUAUUGCGCUACAAAUGACAAUAGGCAGAAGCAGCAGCAGCAGCAGUGUUAUCAGCUAGCACCGAAAAUGGGAUUACGAUCUCUCUUUGUUUUAUCUGUUUAAUUACUUUCUCAUCAAACUUUAAUUAUCAGUUAAUAUCUCUUAAUUUCCUGCUUGUAAACAUGCACGUACCAAGCUGUUUGCCUCACCAUAUAUAUAUAUAUAUAUAUUGGUGACUGCUUACUGUAUCCCUCCCAUGUUUGCCCUU